GCCCAGGAACCAUGCUUGCUGCUGCUCUCCUGACCUUGACCCUGCUGGGCAGUGCCCACGCCUGCUCCAGAAGCACGUCAUACGAGGCGGGCAUCGUGUGCCGCAUCAGCAAGUCUGCCCUCCUAGUGUUGAACCAGGAGACGGCCAAGGUGAUCCAGACAGCUUUCCAGAGAGCCCGCUACCCAGACAUCAGGGGUGAGAAGGCCAUGAUGCUCCUCGGCCAAGUGAAGUAUGGUCUGCACAACCUCCAGAUCGGCCACGUGUCCAUCACCAGCAGCCAGGUUGCGUUGGUGGAAGCCAAGUCUGUUGAUGUCUCCAUUCGGAACGCAUCUGGGAUCUUUAAGGGAACCCUGAACUAUGGCUAUACAAGCGGCUGGGGGUUGAGCGUUGAUCAGUCUGUCGACUUUGAGAUCGACUCUGCCAUUGACCUCUAUAUCAACACACAGCUGAACUGUGACGCUGGCAGAGUGCGGACCAAUGCCCCUGACUGUUACCUGUCUUUUCAUAAGCUGCUGUUGCGUCUCCAAGGGGAGAAUGAGCCGGGGUGGAUCAAAAGGCUCUUCACAAACAUCAUCUCCUUCUCCCUGAAGUUGGUCCUGAAGACGCAGAUUUGCAAAGAGAUCAACAUCAUCUCCAACAUCAUGGCCGACUUUGUGCAGGAAAAGGCAGCCAACAUCCUCUCUGACGGCGACAUCGGGGUGGACAUUUCGCUGACAAGAUCGCCUGUCAUCACAGCCACCUACCUGGAGUCCCAUCAUAAGGGUUAUUUCAUCUACAAGAAUGUCUCUGAGGACUUCCUUCUCCCCACCUUCUCGCCCACCCUGCUGGGGGAUUCCCACAUGCUCUACUUCUGGUUCUCUGAGCAAGUCCUCGAUUCCUUGGCCAAGAUUGCCUUCCAGGAUGACCGCCUCGUGCUCAGUCUAACAGGGCCAGAGUUCAAGGGGAUUCUGGAGACCCACAGCUUCAACACCAACCAGGAAAUCUUUGCUGAGCUUUUCAGCAGCUCCCAUGACAGCCCGACCCAAGUUACUGUGCACUGCCUGAAGAGGCCCACGAUCUCCUGUAAGAACAGAGGCCUUGUGGUCAGUUCCUCCAUGGUGGUGAAAUUUUUCUCCCCACACCCGGACGGUCAAGAUUCUGUGGCUCAUACUUUUGAAGAGGAUAUCAUCACUACCAUCCAGGCCUCCUAUUCUAAGAAAAAACUCUUCUUAAGCCUCGUGGAUCUCCAGAUUAAACCAAAGGCUGCUUCCAGCAUGGCGGAGGGCAGCUCCGAAUCUGUGCAGAGUUUUCUACGGUCAAUGAUCACUGCAGUAGGCAUCCCUGAGGUCAUGUCUCGAUUCGAGGUGGGAUUUACAGCCCUUAUAAACAGCAAAGGCCUGAACCUUUUCAACAUUAUCAACCCUGAGAUCAUCACUCAGGAUGGCUUCCUGCUGCUACAGAUGGACUUUGGCUUCCCAGAGCACCUGCUAGUGGACUUCCUCCAGAACUUGAGCUAGGAGGCUCCAAAGAGGUUGAUGGAGCUGGAACCAGAAAGAGCAAAGCAGGCUUACAGUCGAACCCUGGCGUCUCCAUCGUGGUGGGGUUCAGGGUGGAGAUGUGGAGGUGGAGGCUGGCUCCCAAGUUUCCCUGUCCUAAACUGCCACUGGCAUUAAAAUGCUAUGUCUGGGAUCUGGGAGGGCAUUUCUUCUGUAGAUGGGGGCUUGAAGGGGAAAGAGAGAGAAAGGGUAUCUCACUAGUCCCACCCCUGUGCUAGAUAUAUCUGGCAAGUCAAGCCCUAGCUAUCCACCCAUCCACUCAGCCCUUUCACAGCAGCUGCUGUGAACCUUCUAAGCGCUCCAGUGCCUGGAGAAGAAAUCCUGGCUUCUCACCUUGGCAUUUGAGGUUCUCCCCAUGGAGUCAUUGCAUACCUUCCAAGUUCAUCUGUAACCCCCUCAACUACAGUCUUCUGUCCCUGCCACACUAGUGCUGCCUCUUGGUUGGACAGUCUCGACCACCCUGACAGGUGGCCCUCCGUAAAGCCCUCUAGCGCCCCUCCAGGGCUAGAUCAAGGCCAGCCUCUCAGGCACUCUGUCAAUCACCACAUGCCCUGGAGUGACUCCAUUCUUAGUUCAUAUUGUGCAUAUGUACCACUCAAGGCCCUUUACCCAGCAGGCCUAAGGCUCUGAGUGACACCAGGUGGCCAAGACACAGACGACACAUCCAUCAGGGUCCUCAGGAGCAAACAGCUAAAUCCAGCCCUGGUGCAAAGUGAGGAAGGAAACGUGCAUGGGAGCCUUGAGCAGCUGCCACACUUGGAUUCUGGGACACUUGGAGCCUCAGGCAGCAGGGACUCCCCAGAGCUGUCAUUAGGUGCCACAGAGGGUAUGCUGCAUCCCAGCUGGUUUCCACUGUCCUCAGGAUCCGAAGUCUUGAUUGGCUGAGCCUGGGGGAAGUGCUAAGAUCCUGGCUCAGAGCACCCUGAUGGACACCAGGUUUCGACAUGGGGAAGUCCACAAUGGGUGGGCACACACAUCUUCCAGUGGCUGGUGAAGGAGGGGAUAUUUAGCUGCAUCUGAAAGGCUGAGCAGGAAUUUGCCAAGUGGACCCAUGAGAUAGGGUGCUGGGCCAGCAGGUCAGGUCAUUCCCUGCUGACCCACACGCUAAUGCAUUUCACUUGUCCACCAACAUCCCAAGAGUUUUUGCUGUCCCUGAAUUUUCACCAGAAUCCUCAGAAGCCAUAGCACAUCAUGUGGGCACCCCCUUGGUCAACAGAGAGAAUUCCCAGAUCCCGCUCUCCCUCCUAACAGCACCUGGGUGCUUCAGCCCUUUGCCCACCCACCAUCAAAGGUCCUUUGUUCUCUUCUGACCAGCUUCCAGCCUAAGCCCAAAGCAAAGAUUUGACUCAUUCCCUGUCCCAUGAUGUUCCAGUGCUGGACAGGAAGUAAUGGGGGUGUCCUAAGGAGGAUGGGGAUGAAGAGGGGGUUACAGAGGUCUGGUUUCUUAGAGGAUGGAGUGUCUAAAAAAGCAAAUCAAUCAGACUUGAAUACAAAAGAGAAAGGUCAUAUAAGCAUAUUUCCAGUCCACCUCCCCCUCCUGCCUGUCUUCCCCUUCCUACUCCCAGGCUACGACACAGAAAGUUCCUUCCUCCCAUCUAGGUCUCAGGAGAUUCUCUCCAAGCCUGUGAAGAAAAUCCCUCUUGACACAUUGGCCAAGUGGGAUGGGGGAAAGCACAGUACUAUUGAAACUGAAGUUUUG